CCACCAGCCUCGCCGCCACGCCGCGCCGCCUUUCCCAAUUCCCGGGGUUUCUGGUUUCCCCGAUCCAUCCCAGCUGCAGGAGAUUUGGUAUUUCCUACCAGCCCUACGCGUCCUUCAAGCGACCGACUUGCAUCCUACAAUCACCCCUGACUUUAUUCUCUCGCUCACUCCAACCGUGGUCGCCGCUUCGCCGCUUCUGGUGCUCCCCCAGCUCGAGAUCUUGCAUUUUGAGGUCACAUGAUUUGUUAGAGUCGGCGAUACGUCUCCAGUCGAGCUUCUGCGCAUAUAUCUCCGGGAGCGAGUAGCUUGCGGCCGCCCACUCCGUCGCCUGGAGCUUGUGGAGUGUUCGCAUAUCUCUGUCUCUGAUGUUCAAGAUAUGGGGAGCGACGGGCUGGUUAGCGAGGUUUUUAUUGGGAGGGAGGUGUCAGAAGACGGCAGCGACAGCGAUAACGAAGAGGGCUCGGGCUGAAUAUGUGCAUUUGAUUAAAACUUUGAACUUGCAGUGAGAUUUUAUUCAGCCAUACCCAACGUACAACGCUUCGGUGUCGUUGGAUGUCUUCAUUCGUUUUCUCAAUCCCGAUUACGCAAUGGCCCCGUCAUAACCACUUCCCGCGCUCAAGGAUUGGCAGAUACGCGGCACGUCGUAUGGAAAUCUGUCUCAACGGUCGCACGUCACGCUGCGCGACUGCCUGCGGCCGACAGCUCACAGCAGCUUUCGAUUGUGACGUUUGCAGUUCGCGAAAUAUGCGCGCUCGGUUGAUCGAUAUGCCGAGGAGGUACUUCAAGUCUACCUCCUCAAGACGCCUCAGUUAAUGAAGCAAAAGCCUUGGGAGGGUACCCUAUCAAAAAAAAUGAGCACGAUUGGGAAACGGUAUAUGUCAAUUUAAGAUGGAGCCUGGGUCAGGGAAAAUGGUGGGUCUACAUGGCGGAAUGAUAGUUCACAACCGUCGAGUCGUAGAUAGAGGUAUGUAGUUAUCGAAACAAUACAUUUUUGAGAU